AUGUACCAUGUGCCUCAGAAGAACGUUGGCGUGAAAAAGUGCAUUGCCUUCAAAGAUUCAAACAAAUCUAGCAAAUUGAAUUCAACCAGGUCUGUAAGUGAUCCUACUAAAGUAAAUGAUCCUACUGAAGUAAGUGAUCCUACUAAAGUAAAUGAUGCUACUGAAGUAAGUGAUCAUACUAAAGUAAAUGAUCCUACUAAAGUAAGUGAUUCUACUAAAGUAAAUGAUCCUACUAAAGUAAGUGAUCCUACUAAAGUAAGUGAUCCUACUAAAGUAAAUGAUCCUACUAAAGUAAGUGAUCCUACUAAAGUAAGUGAUCCUACUGAAGUAAGUGAUCCUACUGAAGUAAGUGAUCCUACUAAAGUAAGUGAUCCUACUAAAGUAAAUGAUCCUACUAAAGUAAAUGAUCCUACUAAAGUAAGUGCUCCUACUAAAGUAAGUGAUCCUACUAAAGUAAAUGAUCCUUCUGAAGUAAGUGAUCCUACUAAAGUAAGUGAUCCUACUAAAGUAAGUGAUCCUACUAAAGUAAAUGAUCCUACUAAAGUAAGUGAUCCUACUAAAGUAAAUGAUCCUACUAAAGUAAAUGAUCAUACUAAAGUAAGUGAUCCUACUAAAGUAAGUGAUCCUACUAAAGUAAGUGAUCCUACUAAAGUAAAUGAUCCUACUGAAGUAAGUGAUCCUACUAAAGUAAGUAAUCCUACUAAAGUAAGUGCUCCUACUGAAGUAAGUGAUCUUACUAAAGUGAGUGCUCCUACUGAAGUAAAUGAUCCUACUAAAGUAAGUAAUCCUACUAAAGUAAGUGCUCCUACUGAAGUAACUAAGUAA